UUGAUACACAAGAAACAAACAAACAAACAGUAACACAUUCAACAUCACAAACAUUCUCUGAGAUUUCUUCUUCGGAUCGUUUCUUGUUUUGUUUCUCUCUGAUCGCGAGUUCCAGUUCCAAUUCAAACUCAUAAAGGUUUGCGAAAAUCUCAGAAUGAAUCUCCAUUUUAGUCUAUCUUUUUCUCAAUGGCGGGUCAAUUGCCGAUUUAGGGUUCCGAUUUUAUUAUUAGGGUUUCUUUUAUUAGGGUUUCUUUUGCCCGAUUCAUUUAUGGGUUUUGCCCUCGAUCAUGUACUUCAACUUCUGCCCUAGUUUUCGUGGAAUGUUAUGGUCAUGGAUGGUGAAGUGGCUGAUUUGGCUGCUAUUGGGAUGUUUCUGUUUUUUAGACUAUCAUCAUCAUCAUCAUCAUCAUCAUCAUCAUCAUCAUCAUCAUCAUGGAUAUAAUGAGGGUGCCAAAGAGAAGAUUGAGUGAGAGAACUCAACAACCACUGGCUCAGAUAUGCAAAUUCUGGCUUCAGGGGAGAUGCAACAGAAACCCUUGCACUUUCUGGCAUGGACAAACACCGCCGCCGCCGCCACAAUCUACUGGUUAUCAUCAUACAAAGACGAACGCCCCUUACUGUAACUCCAAGGAAGUCUUGAUUAGUAAGACCACAGCUGGAUCCCGUAUUGCCAAACCUCUAAGUAGAUGCAAUGCUAGGACUCCCCCUGAGAACACCCUCAAGCAUAACUCCAAGUCCGUGUUGAUUACAAAAACUGGAGAAGGGACAUGUAUUCCUCAAGCUUCUCAGAAGCCGUCACUCAGUAUAUGCAAAUAUUGGGUCACUGGCAAUUGCACAUAUGGUGAUCAGUGCCGGCAUUUACAUUCGUGGCACAAUGGUGAUGGGAUAUCUACAUUAGCAAAGCUUCAUGAACACAAGAAGACUGUCACUGGGAUUGCACUUCCAGCUGGAUCAGACAAACUUUAUUCUGGCAGCACAGAUGGGACAGUUCGGACAUGGGACUGCAAUACUGGUCAAUGUGCUAAUGUAACAAACCUUGGAGCUGAAGUUACAUCUUUAAUCUGUGAGGGCCCAUGGAUUUUUGUUGGCCUGCUGAAUGCGGUCAAGGCUUGGCAUAUUCCUACUGCUUCAGAGUUUACUCUUGUUGGACCUAAGGGGAGAGUCCUUGCCAUGAUUGUUGGCAAUGACACACUUUUUGCUGCAGCAGAGGAUGGUGUAAUCUCUGCAUGGAAAGGAAGCUCUGAUGCCAACUCCCCUUUUCAACUGGUUGCAUCACUAAGUGGCCACACUAAAGCUGUGUCUUGCCUGACUGUUGGUCUCAAUAGGCUUUACUCAGGGUCGAUGGACCAAAGCAUAAAGGUUUGGGACCUUGAUACUUUAGAGUGUUUAAUGACACUCAAUGGUCAUACUGGGGAAGUUACAUCACUUAUAUGUUGGAGCGAUUUUCUGUUAUCUGGCGCAUCUGACUGCACUAUUAAGAUCUGGGUUGCCACAGAAGAGGGACCUUUGAAGGUGACAUAUACGCACACUCUAGAAAAUGGUGUUGUUGCACUUAAUGGGAUGACUGAUGCAGAAGGCAAGCAUGUAUUGUGUUGCUCGUCCAGAGACAAUUCUGUUCGCUUGUAUGAAUUGCCAUCAUUUUCAGAGAGGGGUCGAUUAUUUUCAAGAAAAGAAAUUCGAUCAAUUGAGGUUGGUCCUGGUGGGCUCUUCUUCACUGGUGAUGGAACUGGUUUAGUGACAGUGUGGAAAUGGUUGGAAGAUACCAAGGUGGCAGCAUGUUCUUGAGAAAUGCCCCUUUUUUCCAUGUUUGUCAAAAGAAGUGUAUAUAUUAAUUGAGAAAUCCAAUUCCAUGUUUUUCUUUCUUUGUCAGUUCUAGUCCAUUCUUACUGACAGAUGUAUUUCUUACCAACUCUGAUAAAUUUUGUGUUGAUACUUAUAACGUAUCUAGCAAGAAUUGUAACCACACUUUAGCAUUGAUGUAACUCUUCUUCUCAAUGGAAUAAGAAAUUCAUUCUUUUA